AUGCACCUUUCAGCGGUUUUGGUAGCACUCUCUGUGCUAGCAGGGGUAACUCAGGGGCUCCAACAUCGUGAUGACCAAGCCAAUCACUUGCUUCAGAGAAACGAGCACUACAAGCAUCAAGCAGCUCACUACAAUGUCGUGAACCGCCAGGCAGCUGGUCCAUUCUGUUACAUCAUCAUCACCCUCAAGCUCGACCCACACUUCCUCGACCUACUCGUCAUCAUCGUCAUUCCCCUCGUCGACGUCAACUUCUUCGUAUUCAACGACUUCAAGUACCCCUUCGGCAAGCAGUUCCGCCCAGCCAUCGUCCAGCAAUACACCAUCAAGAUCAGCUACCACCUCCGCCCCGUCGCAAACUACACAGCGCCACCCAUGACAGAUGCCAACGGCAACCAGUAUGAGCCUGUCUUUCCUAUCGCCGUCCCGGCCGCAGGGGGCGGCGCCGUUGUUCCUCCCGUUGGUGGAGGAGGUGGGGGCGGAGGUGGCGGAGGUGGCGGAGCCGGAGGGGGAGGAGCCGACGAUACCACGACCACCUCAAACUUGCCUUCCAGCACCACUCUCAAUGAGCCUUCAGCUGCUCCCUCAAGCGCUCCUCCUACGUCGGCUUCCCCUUCGUCCAGCCAGGAGCCAUCUAGCACAGUUGCAGCAAUUGAUACAACCUCGUCGCCGUUGGUAGUCAUCACUUUCGAGCCAACGACAACGACGUCAAUCGUUGAGGUGGUUACCGAGCCUGCCGCAUCGACAACCACCGUUGCUGCCCCGGUGCCUUGUUAUAACUAUGAGUGGAAGUCGUAUGGAUGGUGCUGUCCUGGUCCUGACUCGCCGUGCGAAAACAGUUUGGGCACCUGCUACUUCGAUGGAAGCGGCGCGACGGAUGUGUUGCCGAAUACCGCCGCUUGCCCACCAGCACCUGAUGCUAGACACUAG